CUCUGCACACAGCUUAAGCCAGUGGUAAGGCUGCUUUUCAGCAUGGAGGCGUUGCUUUCAGGCUUAACCGCCUGGUUGCCUAGGGAACCGGGCAGCAGAGACACAGGGGCUAAGGAAAAGAAAGCGUUUCCAGGUCAGCUCAAACAUGGAGAGAGCAGCAGAGAGACAAAGAGGAGAUGAUAGGGAGGUGGUGGAGGAAAAAGGCUCGGUGGAAAGGCAGUGGGGGGAGGCAGAGGUGCUGGCUCUAAUGUCAGUGUGGGAUGAAAUUGGAGCUCAGCAUGUAGCAGAGAGCAGAGCCACAUUUGAGUUGAUCUCAGAGCGUCUGAGGCGGCUCAGUGUUGUGCGCAGCUGGCGGGAAUGUCAGGCCAAGAGCAGAAGCCUGGGACUUCAGAGCAGGAAGUCUGACGCAGCAGCAGGCACAUCAGCAAACUACAGCCCAGGAGUGGAUGGAAGGCCAGUGGAGGGCUGGGAGGAAGAUGUGGGUAAUCAAAGAGGAAUCUACUCUUCCUCAAUCCAAAUACCAAUGCAUGAAGGAAUCAAGAGUCGAAUCCAUCCAACUCUUUCGUUCACUUCAAAUGUGGCUGAAGAAGGAGGGCGCCACUGGACAGAUGAUGAGGUGCGGGCGCUGUUGUGCGUCUGGGCCGACCGGAGUAUUCGGGAGCGCCUGAAAAGCACGCUACGCAACAAGUGCAUCUUCCAAGAGAUGGCCCGUCAGAUGCAGAGAAAGUUUGGGGUGGUGCGCAACUGGAAACAGUGUCGAACCAAAUAUAAGAAUCUGAAGUAUGACUACAAGACAGCUAAAAGUGCUCAUGUGGCUGGAGGAAGCAGUGCAGGAAGCCCAGGGAAGUACAUGAAGUUUUUUGAAGAGGUGGAAGCUAUCCUGCUUGACCAAGGACUAGAAAAUGGGACCGUGGAAAUGCAGAAGAAGUUGUAUAAUGGAGAAAUGGCAGCAGGGAGGCUACAAACACCAGCAGGCAAUACCUCAGAUAAUGAGAUUGUCAUAGAAAUUGAUGAUGAUGACAACAGUGAUGACUAUGACAUUGAUGGAGACAUAGAAGCACAAUGGAGAGGCACAGAGACCACUUUAACACAUACAGAUUCAUGCAGCUCCGACCAUUUCCACAUGGUCACAGUUUCUGACACGGGUCGAAACUGGAGCGACCAAGAAGUGCGAGCACUUAUACAAGUCUGGUCCGACGAACGCAUAUGCAAGCAGCUGGAGAGCUCGACCAGAAAGAGGGACAUCUUUGUGCAGAUUUCCAACAGGUUAAAGCAACAAGGCAUUGAGCGGGACUGGAAACAGUGCCACACCAAGUACAAAAACCUGAAGUACCUUUACCGGUCCCUACAAAGGGGAAAGACUGAUGAAGCUGACCCCAGACGCCUCAUGAGGUUCUAUGAUGAGGUGGAAGCCAUUAUGAAUCAUGCUAGUAAUGGCUCAACGCAUGAUGGAGGAGCCGUUGAUGCCGCACAUUCAGGCGUACUAGCAACACUGGACGGUUCUGAGGAAAACCAUGAGGACGAUGUCUACCUGACAAAGAUAAACAGUGUGACAGAAGUGGUGGAAGAAAUGGAUGAAAGAACUUGUAGUUCCGAUUCUGUCUCUUCUAUAGCCACAGACGUUGCAUCAAAUGCCAAUGAUCCAAAGCUGCAUGCAGUCAAGGACAACCGUCUGGAUCAACACCACAGACUGACGAGCACUUCAGAAAGAGAAAAUACCUCUUCGGCUAACAGAGGAAUGAAGAGGAAAGCUGUGGAUCAAGACUUCACACUGCAGACGGCAGCAAAAAAACCGAACACUGGCCAUGACUCUGCUCAUAAACUGGAGGCCCAGUGCAAAGAGGAGCAGGAGCACAUCCCAAUUAUAAAGAUCAAAUCCGUCUGUUCAAUGGCCCAUCCUAAUCCAUCUUCACAAAGACAGGACUGUCCACGAUCAAACAGGACCAUGGCUUCCACUUCAGAGUUGAACAUCGGUCAGAAGCUCAAUGAGGGAAAGACAAAGCAGAUUUUUGAGCUCGUCGACCAACCCGGACUGGUUCUGGUCCAGUCCAAAGAUCAGAUCACCGCUGGGAAUGCUGUGAGGAAAGAUCAGAUGGAGGGCAAGGCUGCCAUCGCAAAUAAAACGACGAGCUGCGUGUUCAAACUGCUCCGGGAAUCUGGCAUCAAGACUGCCUUUGUGAAGCAGCACACAGACACGGCGUUCAUCGCAGCCCACUGUGAGAUGAUUCCCAUCGAGUGGGUGUGUCGCAGGGUGGCAACUGGUUCCUUCCUCAAGAGGAAUCCAGGUGUCAAAGAGGGCUAUCGCUUCACCCCUUUGAAGAUGGAGAUGUUCUUUAAAGACGAUGCCAACAAUGAUCCGCAGUGGUCAGAGGAGCAGCUGCUGGAGGCUAAAUUCUGCCUGGCUGGGCUCACUGUUGGACAGUGCGAAGUGGACAUCAUGAAUCGCAGCACUGUGGCCAUUUUUGAGAUUCUAGAGAAGGCUUGGGCUACCCAGAACUGCACUCUGGUGGACAUGAAGAUAGAGUUUGGUGUAAAUGUGAAAACACAAGAGAUCGUUCUUGCUGAUGUGAUUGACAAUGAUUCAUGGAGACUCUGGCCAGCUGGAGAUCGGAGUCAGCAAAAAGAUAAACAGGUCUACCGAGAUCUGAAAGAAGUUACUCCAGAGGCAAUGCAGAUGGUGAAGAGAAACUUUGAGUGGGUUUCUGAAAGGGUCAAGCUGCUGUUGGAGCCCCAGGCCAAUGGGAGGGUGGUGGUUCUGAUGGGCUCCACCUCAGACAUAGCCCACUGUGAAAAAAUCAGGAAGGCCUGUACCUCCUAUGGGAUCCCCUGCAUCCUCAGGGUCACUUCAGCCCAUAAGGGUCCGGAUGAGACUCUUCGCAUCAAAGCAGAAUAUGAAGGUGAUGGCAUCCCCACUGUUUUUGUGGCUGUAGCCGGCAGAAGUAAUGGUCUUGGGCCUGUGAUGUCUGGAAACACAGUGUAUCCUGUUAUCAACUGCCCUCCUCUCACUCCAGACUGGGGAGCCCAAGAUGUCUGGUCUUCCCUUCGUAUGCCAACUGGCCUCGGCUGCUCCACAGUCCUUUCUCCUGAGGCUGCGGCUAAGUUUGCAGCGCAGAUCUUUGGUUUGACCGACCACCUGGUGUGGUGCAAACUGAGGGCCUCCAUGCUCAACACAUGGGUGGCUCUCAAGCUGGCAGACAAAAAGUUACAGGCCUGCAGCCUCUAAGUGUCUAAAGACCAGUUUGAGCCCCACAUCCCCCCAUUCCUCAAUGUCAUGUCAUUGUUUACCCAUUAACAGUAAAGGUUUCUGAUACACUAAUCAUUCCAUUAAAAGAGAAAGAGGAUUUAAACUUUCUUAA